UUCUCAAAGUUUAUGCUCAUUUGAAUUUUCUAAAUGAUGAGAUGAAUCUUUGUUCUGCUGAUAUUAUUCAUUUGUAUAUGUUGGAAUAUUGUCGGCCUUGAAUUUGUUACAUUUCUUCAUUGGUUAUGAACCCGAAUAUUUGUCUAUACUAAAUUUCCACUUCAUUUCAUCAGCCAUUAGGUACCAAUAAUACCAUCCAUCUCUUCAUAAUAUCGGAAGAAAAAAUUCGCAACACUCUGAAGAAUUUCAUAAUACUCUCAUUAAUUUCGGGAAAUGGACCAGUUUUCAUUGACAUAUUUCGAUAAAAAAUUCUGGUGUUUGAUAUAAAUACGGAACCUAUUUCCAAACAAUCAAUAUUCUUCUAUUCGUGAAAGAGUAACAACACCAAAAUGCAAUACCUCGCUGUUUUUGUUGCCAUUUCUAUGGCUUCCCUUGCCAAUGCUGGCGCUAUAUUGGGUGGCACACGUAUCGCUACAGGUCCACUUCUAGAAACAAGGAUUUCAUCUUCACCUUCACUGCUCUCCACAAGGCUGGUUUCCACCAAUCCUGGAUUGAUAUCUUCACCCCUUAGCACUACCAUCAUUGGCUCUCCAGCUAUUUCUUCAGGUUUGAUCCAAGAUUCAGUUUUAUCCAGAUCCAUUGUUGGACCACAGCUCAUCAGCUCACCAUUGUUGACUUCUUCUCCACUUUUGCCCAGAACCAUCCACUCUUCCAAUAUCAUCGGUUCUCCAUUGGUAGGUUCAACCCUCAUUGGAGGUCCAGUUUUGUCUAGAAACAUUGUGGCACAUGGAUUGAUUGGAGAACCCCUGAUUCGUUCUUCUGGAAUCAUUGGACAACCUAUCCUUCGUUCUUCAGGACUCAUUGGAGCUCCAGGUGUUAUUCAGGGUCGUGGUCUACUUGGAAACCCAGUUAUAACCAACUGGUGAAAUUGACUGAUUUUGUUUUAUUUUGUUAUAUUUUUGCAUUGAAAUAAUUUAACUUAUGGAUUUUCGUUUUUUGACUUAUUGUAUUGAUGAAAAACGAACUCACAUUGUUUCUUGAAACGAUGCUUUUGAAUAAAUAUUGAAAAACGUUA